GGGAUGAGCACUUGUCGAGGCCCAAUCAGCGUUUUGUGUUGCCUACCGGUGCCGGGGACUGGUCGCGAGGAGCUGCUGCAGCGCUUCAGGAUCGGAAAGCGAACCCGGAGCCAGUGGAACCUGCAGGGUAAAGGCGAAUCAGAUGGAGAGAAGUCAUUAUCAGACUGUGCCAAUGAAUUGACUCGCAUUGCAGUUUUAUCACUUUUGGACCGUGAUGUGUAGUUUGAAAUGGAUGGAGCGGAUGAGUGAGGAGACCCUGCGGAUGAACCUGCUGAAGCGCGGUCUGGAGGGCCCGGAGGAGCGGGAGGAGGCCCUGGCCAAGCGGCUCAAGAUGGAGGGCCACGAGGCCAUGGAGCGUCUGAAGAUGCUGGCCCUGCUGAAGCGCAAGGACCUGGCCGCUCUGGAGGGGGGCGCUGCCGGGGCCCAGGCCGAGGUGAAGGGCUCCCCGGGCGGCGGACAUGGCCUGUCCGGGCCCCUGUGCUACGAGGAGAAGAUGAACGGGAGCCUGCGGGCCGGGUCCGGGGGCCACGGGCCUCACGGCACUCACGGCGCUCACGGAGGCAUGGGGAAGAGCGGGAAGGAGAACGUGGGGGACGAGCCAGUCGACAUGAGUGCCAGACGGGGUGAUGUGGACAGAGAGCGCCACACCCCGUCUCCGGACGUGAUCGUCCUGUCUGACAACGAGGCAUCCAGCCCUAAGGGCUCCUCCCGGGCUGAGGAGAGGCUGAGGGCUGCAAACGUGGAGAUGUUCAAGGGUAAGAGUGGCGAGGAGCGGCAGCAAAUGAUCAAGGCUCUGAGAGAAGAGCUGCGUCUGGAGGAGGCCCGGCUGGUGCUUCUGAAGAAGCUGAGGCAGAGUCAGAUGCAGAAGGAGAACCUUGUGCAGAAGGUGCCAGUGGUCCAGAACAGCGCCUCCUCUGCGCAGCCUUCCGCCAUCCACAGCUCCCAGGGCCUGGCUAAGCUGCCCGUGCGCCCUGGCCUCCAGAACCCGGAGCCACAGAACUUGCGCACCAUACAGGGGCACACAGUGAUCAGGUCCGCAGCCAAUGCCUCUCUUCCGCCAAUGAUGAUGUCACAGAGGGUCAUUGCCCCCAACCCAGCUCAGCUGCAGGGUCAGAGGGUUCCCUCCAAGCCUGGCAUGAUGCGAUCCACUGGAAGCAUCAACAAUGCAGUCGGCUACCAGCAGACCUCCAGCCAGCAGGUGUCAGCCUCACAGCGGUCUGGAUCCUCUGCCAUCUACAUGAACCUGGCUCACAUGCAGGCAGCUGGGGCUGGUGGAGUCGGAGGGGUGACGGGCGUAGGCGCUGUCAGCCCCUCUCCCCUGCCCAGUCCAGGGGCCGGGUCCAUGCCCGAUUCGGUCAGUAGCCAGGCGGCCGCCAAGUUGGCUCUGCGCAAACAGCUGGAAAAGACCCUGCUGGAGAUCCCUCCCCCCAAACCGCCCGCACCCCUGCUGCACUUCCUGCCCUCCGCCGCCAACAGCGAGUUCAUCUACAUGGUGGGCCUGGAGGAGGUGGUGCAGAGUGUCAUCGACAGCCAGGGUAAAUUCCGUGGCCCUCUCUCCCGCAUGGAGCCCUUCAUGUGUGCCCAGUGCAGGACGGACUUCACUCCGCACUGGAAGCAGGAGAAGGGCGGGCGCAUCCUCUGCGAGCAGUGCAUGACAUCCAAUCAGAAGAAGGCCUUGAAGGCAGAGCACACCAACCGGCUGAAGAACGCCUUUGUGAAGGCCCUGCAGCAGGAGCAGGAGAUUGAACAGAGGCUCCAGCAGCAGGCUGCUCUGUCCCCCAGCUCUAACCAGACUGUCCCCAGCGUCAGUAAGACUGAAAGCAUGAUCCGACACCAUGCGCUCAGACAGGCUCCCCAGCCUCAGGUCACCCAGUCACAGGCCUCUCUGCAGCGAGGCCUGAGCAGCUCCGCCCGCGGCGUGCUGUCCAACUUCGCCCAGGCCUCGCAGCUCUCUGUGGCCAGCAGCCUGCUGGGCAUGACGGGCAAGCAGCGCUGCGGUGGGGGCGGCGGGGGCAGCCGGGCCCAGCACGACAGCCGACGCCAGCUCUACAGCAUCCCCGGUGAGAGCUUCAGCCGGAGUGCAGGGUCUAACUACAUAGACUGUUACACAGUCCCAGGGGUGAACAUUGCUUAUCUGAACCCUGGAAGUGUGGGGGGGCACAAAGCGUCCAGUCUGGCCGACCGACAGAGAGAGUACCUGCUGGACAUGAUCCCCCCUCGGUCCAUAUCGCAGUCCAUCACUGGACAGAAAUGAGCCUGCCCUCCCCCUCCCACUCACACUGCAACGCACCCCACCCCCCACCCCGUCGCAUGCAGUGCCUGUCAGUGUGCCUACCAACUAACCUGUAAAAACGAUACAAUCAACGAGAAAAAAGCCACCAAACUGUCAGUGCAAGUUACUUUCUUACUACAUGUAUUGCAGAUCUUCUUAUUACUAUUAUGGCUAUAUUACUGCUACUGUUGUUACCAUUAUUAUUGUUAUUGUUGUUGUCAAGUCCCUUGGCUCUUAUUUGAACCUUUCCCUAACCCUUUGCUUUCUGCCCAGGGAGGGCAUCAAAGUGGAGUGGUCCAUUUCUUUUCCUUUUUAUUAGUUAAUACAUUUAUAGUUUUAUUGAUUUGCUUACCCCCCUGGACUGUAACAAACCUUUGUGUUUGGGAUUGUGCAAGCUCCCAUAUAAGGAGGAUUGUGGUUGAACUGGCUCCUCGUCCUUGGACGUUGCAGCCCUGAGCUCAAGAAGAGGUGCUGGGAGAGCCCUGCCAAUAUGGGGCAGAGGACUGUGGAUCAAGAUGAAGAAACCGGGCAGGAGAAGAAGGCCUUUGUUUUAAAAAGGUUUCGGUAAUGGCUCCUCAAGCUCAUCUCAACACAAUCUUUUAAAAGACUGACAAGAAAGACCAGGAGUGCAGUCUGUCAAAAUCCUGUCAAUCGUCGGUGGAACGUACAGAACAAGGAUCUUUUACCCCCUGGAGAUGUCCCCCUCAGAAUCACAGUGGACUGGCUGUCAUUUCUAGGCUCAGGUUGAAGAGCUGAUGUUUUUCCACCACAAUUUGAGAGGAGGGGAGAAUGCAGUCGAUAGGUCAUACUAUAGCAUUUCACUGGUCGGUUCAAGCAAAGUGGACAGAAUUGUGGAAAGGGCGUCUAGACACUUCAGUUUUGCACUUCUUUUUUAAGAUGCAGUUGAAAUGAGGGCUGUAGAAGCCCAGUAGUCUGAUUUCUGUGGCCUGCCAUCUACUCCAUUUCCCUUGUGUGACAUUGGAGCCGAACGGCUGGAUCUGAGCUCGUUAUUCUAACCAAACCCAGCGGACGGUUGGAAUACCGAAUCACUAGCACGAGAUGAAACCAAGCCCAGGUAAAAAUGGAAAGAUUGCACACCGCAUAGAUUUCAAGCGCUUAUAUUGAAAAUGGCCUGAGGUGGUUCUGUAUUGUCUGUGUGGAGGGUACACCGUGAUCGGUGGAAGGAUGUGAGAGGGGUACAUCAGAUUUCCACAUUUUGUGUCUGCUCAUGUAGCUGCCAUGUUUGUACUGGAUAGGAGCUUCCCAGAAGAGUCUUUGCCUUGCCCAUUUCUGGCAUGUAUGUUAACAUUAGUCAUCACGUUGGGGUGAGCUGCUGUUCUUCACAUGGCUGUGUAUUUCCAGGAAGAGAUUUCAGCCACAAAUUCUGACUGCUCUGACGUCUCCCUUACAAUCGGUUGUGUAUCUGAGAGGUACUCUUCAGGGAGACGAUAAUAAUAAUAAUAAUAAUAAUAAUAAACAAAUUAAUGCAACUUUAUAGUAUCUAUAUGGAUAUUUAUGUAGAUGGCUAGAUGGAGUUAUACAAUAAAAUGAUUAUAGCUAUAAUAACAGGAUAUGGGUCAAUCAGUGUGUUGAGGUAAUGCACAGGAGUAGCCUGUCUUCAGGAGCACUUUUUUGUAAAGAAUUGGAUAACAGAAAGGGAGAUUUUGGUGGGGUUAGAGAAGCGGUAUGUGUCAGUGAUACAGGUGAAGGGGUUUUCUUGAGUGUCUGUGAGACUGCUAGGAGAGCCCCCACGCCUGUUGGACCUGUCACGCUGAAAUGCUGGUGACACUGGUGUUCACAUUAACAGUAUUGUGGUUUCCAGUUUCCUUUUUUAGUAUGAAAAUCUGCUGCCGGUUUUUAUUUCUAUUUCUGUCAAUAGUUUGUAGAUCAGAGGACUGCAGACAAGCCAAGGCUGGUGUUUUAUUCACUGCAGGAAUGCUGCUCAGAAGGACUGCGUUCUUAUCAAUUCCCUGAUUAUGGUGACCCCCAAUACCAGUAGAUAUUCCCCCCAAGUGGCUUUUAAGAUCUACUGUCAUGACAUAGCUAGUGUUGAAUCUAUGUGCAGUGUUAUACUGAGAUGGUGGGGAGGCAGGGACUUGGGUUUUUCUGUUUUCUUGGGUGUGGUACAGGGCUGAGUUUGGCUGGCACAGAAGGAGGAGCGUGGGUGUAUGCCUCUAAGCUGGAAGUGGAAUUGGGGAAAGUACGAGAAGUAACAAGCUGUGUCUUGUUGCUUCUCGGUUCCCACCAUCUUGUGUCACUCCAGAGAUUUUGCGCUGCCUUGGCAUGAACCACAAUGUAAACCAAAGCAUGAUGGGAAGACCUGCGCAUGCGCCGCAGUGCCUUUCUGUCAUGGUCUUCCCCUGCCUCAUCUGCUUCCGACAGGAAUCUAGUCCUGCAUUGCGUUGAGCUCAGAGGGACUGUGAUAGGUUCCUCUAGCCCGUACAAAUGGACAUAGUGCGACUGAGGGACAUUCUGCAUGUGUCAGCAUAUCAGCUGAGCCCCAUUCUUAACCCAGACCUUGGUGUCAAAACAGUCCAGCGUCCCAGUAUGAUGACAUGAAGCUCCCCACAAAAAUAUCCUUGUGGGCAAACUUGAAGUGCAGGUGCAAUAUAUGGAGACGCAGGGAAGGUUACACUCAGAAGAGAUUCAUUUUGUCUUUAUUUAUUUGAAUAUAAAUUAGCGCAUCCCCAAGCUGGUUAGUACAGGACACACUGGCUUUUUGUCUUUGUAUCUUAAGACGUUUUGUCACAUGGAUGAUUUAUCUUUCUCUUUCUUUGGUUUCUCCAAUAGUUUUGGAUGAUCUUGUUUCUUCUGUUCUAUGUGCGUCACUGCGAAGACUGACCUUGUAUAUUGAAAUAAAUCUCUUGCUAUGCUAUAUGCAUCCUUGUACUUAUGUUUUAAUAUUGACCAGGAAAAAAAAUGAACUGAAAAAUUCAUUUUUAAAUGUCAGUUCUUUUUAGGAUUUUUUUUUAAUCUCUUUUGCUGGCUUAUUGAUUUACUUUUGUUUGGUUUUGUAAUACAGAAAAACGAAAUGUAAACAAAAUUUGUUUGAACUAUGAAAUAAAACGACAAUAUUUGCUAGGCCAGAAUUAAUAAUAAUGACUUAUUGUAUAUAUGCUUUUUUUCUCCUUGGAUAAAAAGAGAAAAUAAAUUCAAAUGGUUGUAUAUUGUGUAGAAAAGCAAACAAAAGCCAUGAAUAUUGUGAAGCUUGUCAUUUCGUUUUGUGAUCACUGUGUAUUAUUGUGCAACAAAUGUGCAAAAUGUAUGGGGUUAUAAUUCUGUUUUCAAUUAGCUAUAAAAAUUUAAUUUUCACCUUGCUGUAUUUUUUUCUAGUAUUUAGUGGCAGUCCGAUCGAUAUCCUUAUGAGGAGGUGUUUCAUCCGUUUCUGGCUUAAAAGCGCAGGUUAUUGGCUGUUCCCUUGUUUUGAUGUGUCAAUAAUGGUGACGAUAUACACAAUUUCUCAUUUUGGGUUGUUUUCUGAUUAAUCCAUGCAAACUGCUCAGUUUAGUCAACUUAAUUGGGUCAAAUGACUGGAAUGGAGAAAUGCUCUCAAUGAACAGAAAUGAAUGAAAUUGUUUAUACUUAUAGGUAAGGAUAAUGCAUAGUUUCCAAAGGCUUAUAUAAUCAGACUGAACUUUUCUUCAAAUAAACUGGCUUCUGCCCUUGUGUUAAUUAGGACAUACUUUGCUUUUAGGUUUCAUCAAACAAAUGGGCUGAGGUUUUGUACAAUGAUCGCAAAAUACAUUUAAAAAAAAUUUUUAAUGAUCUGGGGGAGCCAGUAAGGUCUAGCAGUCAUUGAAAUUGUGUAGGAUUUUGUGUAAGCAAAUCUGGCCCAUCAGACAAAAGUUAGGAAAUCGUAAUGAAAGUGGGGUAGAAGGCACUCCCGACUGGGGGAAAAAGCAUGUGAAUUGAAUUCCACUGAAUCAGCAUUGACGCAUAAUUCAAUGGAAAUUCUUUGAAAGAUCUGUGUACAAUCGGGUUUUUAUUAGCUUGUGUGUGCACCAUAUACAUGAAAUUUUCUUACCCUUAAGAAUGGCCAUGACAAAUGCAAUAUGUUGUCACUGCCUGACAUACAUUCUCUGUCAAAUGUUGCCAGUAUUGGCUAUAUCCUCUCCAUUGUCAUUUCUCAGUUAGGAGUCUUCCGUUACAAGAUUCAUUUUUUUGGGGGGAGGGACCUCUCGACCCAGUUCUUGGCUGGAAAGUAUUCUGAUGUUUUUGUUUGUUUCUUUUCCUCUACCUUGUAAUAAAGCCCAGUGAAUUGGGAGAUUUUUCUUUUGGCAUUUAUAUGGCUAUUUUCUUUCUUUUUUCUUGUCUUACUAAUGUUCUUUUUCAUAGCAUUAUUAACUGGAGUUAUGUGGAGCUGAGUGGAAUGAGGUCCUAUCAUUUCAGUGAAUUUCACAAAGUUAAGUUACCAAUUAAAGACACUGAAAUGUGUCCAGUAUAUUACAUGAUUUUUAUUUUGGUCAGUGAAGUUCAAAAUGAACCGUUUCUCUGAAACAAGCCACUCCACAAAAACGGUUGGACAUUAUUGUAAAAUACUGUAUUAAAUAUCUGUGGGCACAGGGGUGACCUGUCCCUGUUGAUCUGUAUUUACUGAAUGAGAACAAUGGGAACCAAUCAGAUAUUGAAGUGAACUGAAUUUAAGUAAAAUUAUUAAAGCAGUUUUGAUUUUGUUUUAGUUUCAACUUUAAUCCAGACCUUUUGCACAUCCUUGGUAUUUAACUGUCUUAAGAAAAGAAAACCAUAUAAAUGCUGUUUGAAUACUGCCAGUUGAUUAAUAACAAUUAUGCAUUGACUGAAAAAAUAAGCUAAUUUUGGAGGAAAUAACUUUGUAAUAUUUAUCUCUUGCAAGCUAUGUUUAAUAAAGGAUGGAACAGUUUA